GACAACUACGAUAUACUUCACACAAAUGAAGUAUCAGAUUUAAUGGUUACGUAGCGAUAUACUUGCCGUUGCUAAAAUGUUUAAUUCUUACAAUAAAUUUCAAAUGUUAAAUUCGUUCGGUAUUCAGUACUUAGUUUCUUAAAACUGUCUUCACCAUCAUCAGUGACUAUAAAAAAGAAAAAAUCUCUUCGUGUCAUAGUGAGAAAACGUUUCAUGACAAACUCUUUGACCAAAAGUGGAAUUAUAAGUUUAUCAUUCAAUUUAUAUCAAAAUAUUGUUGAAACCAGUUACGGAAACGCUAAAAGUAGUCAUCGGGGUCUAGCUAGUUCGAAAACCGUUUCUUUAUGUAAACACAUUUCCACGCGUAAUUGAAUAACGGAAAACAUAGUGAAAGAGCCACAUGACUAGAAGCGCCACAGGCCACAGUUUAUUUUCGGUUCAUGAAUAAUGUUUUUUAAUAAAAUUUACAAAUGUCUAUUCAAUGAAUCGUCAAUCUUGUGUGAAAUUAAUCACCCAUUCAACAGCAUCCUCGACAUAUAAACAUCCACAGUGUCUUUGCGUUACAUUAGACGUGGAUUACUAAAAAAAAUGAAAGAAAAAUAAAUUAAAAUGAGUAGACGCAAUAAAAAUAAACUGAAAUUAAAUAAAAAUUACAGCCCAUUAAACCUACGUUUUGAUAUACAAAUUUGAUACCAAGGUUACGUUAAGACAACAGAUUAAAUCCAUCAUACACGAAAUUACAAUGUUACGCGAACGAAGACGUCAUGCCAACUUUAAACCCAAUCGAAAAUUGGACCCAAAGUCAUCUCGAAGCACAAUAUAUGAAAACGAAGAGCUACGCCUGCGCACUAUCAACAUAAAUGCUGAAGUAGAACGAGGACAGUCUGACAUAAAAAAAUUGCGCAAAGAGAACGAUCAACUACGUAGGGAGAUCUGGGCGCUGCGAGAUGAAUAUGAUCGAUUGGACAAACUAUUACAAGCCAGUCGAAAUGGGAGAAACAUUUUAAACCAACUAAACAAUCCACAGUUGGACAGUGAUGACGGACCAAGAUGUGAUAGUUGCAAUCAAUCGGAGGAAAGUAACUGCAGUUCAUGUUGUGAUACGUGUGACGAAGAUAAUGACGAUGAUGAGCCAUUGCAACAAAAUACGUUUGAAACUUUUCCGAAGAUGAAAGAGAAACUUCACGUAAAUUUCGAUCAUUUGUCUAUUGUGUCGGAAGAAACAUUUUCGGGAAGUUGUGAUAAUCCAUCGUCACCGAAUCUAGCCGAUAAUACUAUAGACUCCAUCAAGGAAGAGUCGGAAUACAAACCAGAUGCCUGCUCUGCCCUAAUAGAUUUUCAAUCCAUCGUUCCACCACUAGCCUAUUUCGAAAAUUUGUGUUACGAGGAUAUUGGUCCCAAUUUGGACGCUUCUGGAGAGAUUCAGUACAGUUCUGAACCGAUCCAAUCAAAACUAGUGACGACAGAGGCAGAACCAAAUAAAAAGACAACUACCACAGCAAUUGGUUGGGAUUUUAGUGACAGCCCACGGCCGUACACAGAUGAUGUCGAACAGUUCGGCCGAAAAGGACCGGAUGUAUUUGUACAAAACGGGAUUCAGAAAUCGGUAGAGCCAAUUUAUGCGGAAGUGAGGAAGAAACCAACAAAAAAUUUCCAGGUCGGUGGUAAUCUGGAUGAUCUACUUCAGAACAUAGAACACCUAUCACAAGACAUUGUUCAAAUGCAGCAAGAGAAUCAGAAGAUAACUUCUAAGUACAAUCUCGUCAAGAGUGAAUCAGAAAAGGCUAUGGAAAUCGCGAAAGAUUCCACUGGAUCAACAAUUCAGCAUCAAUCCAAACCGUAUCGAUCUGAAGUGAAUUUAAUGUUGUGCUUUGAUGGUAGUAAUCAAAAAAUUAUUCCCGUCGAGAAUGAUGGCACCGAUAAAACACCACUAGCAACGGAAAAUCAACUGGAUACACCACCACCAUACGUUCCAAAGCCAAUGAACCUAUUGCCCACAACACUACCGUAUAUUGCAUCAGAUGAUGUUGCUACAAUACCGACCAUCGAUACGAAAUGCUUUGAACUUUUUACGGAGACGAAAGAUUGUAACUACUUGGAAACGAUUCGACGGAAAAUAUUCCCGAAGAAAACCAAUGCAGUGAAAGACAAGCUAAUUGAUGAAAAGGCCAAAUUGAAAAGUGAUAACGGGACCGACGGAGAAAAAACUUUCGCAAAUCAGGUCACCAAAAAAACAGUUAAUGGCACAGAAAAUAUCGACACAAAACGGAAAUCGAGAAGAGUACAACUGUUCAAUGGUAAAAAGAAUGCAACGACGGUCCAGAAUCAAUGUAGCAACGUUGAUCUGUUACCGCAGCAAAAUCGAUCAAAACGUCAUCAUCACAAAGUGCGGCGACGUCAUUCGGAUGGUAACUUGCACAAUCGUCGAGGAUCCCAUGAAUCGGCUUUCGGGCGAUGUUCUUCUAGAGAAUCGUCGGUCAGUUUGAGAUCUCAAAAAACUCAUAAAAACCGUAAAUCAUCGAAAACGAAAAGCAGCAGUAGCAACACUAGUAACACGAAUGUUGGCAAAAUUCCUUGGUUCGGUUGUUGGGGUAAUGAAUGUUUGUAUUAAUUUAGUCAGCAAUUUUUGUCGUUUAUGAUUCUAGGGCCAUAAAUUGGAUGUGAUUAGAAGUUAGCAUUUAAAAUAGUUUUUAGUAUGAAAACCAUUAAUACGACUUAGUAAAGGUAGUCACGAUCAACUUCUUUUAAAUAAAUGAAAGUAAAU